GUAUGAAUGUUUAUCUAACUCAUCUAUUUGAACGCCGAAAGUUUGACAAUAACGUUCCAAGUUUCUUUUUGCUUUUAAUAAUUCUUGUUUAUAUUAUAAUUCUCUAGAAUGUCUAGUUCUAGUGGUGUCGACCUCAGCGAGGAAUGCUUGGAGUUUUUUCAAGAUCUCAAGUUAAAAAAAAAAUAUAAGUAUAUCCUGUAUAAGCUUGAUGAUAGCUAUAAAUCAAUCGUCCUUGAAAAGGCGGUUGAAGAAGCUACUUAUGAUGACUUUGUAAGUGAGCUUACUUCAAGUGGUCCUCGUUACGCUGUUUAUGAUUUCGACUAUGAAAAGCCCGGUGAAGGUCAACGUAGCAAGAUCGCAUUCUACUCUUGGAUACCUGAUGAUUCCAAAGUCAAGGACAAAAUGCUUUACGCUUCAAGCAAGGACGCCAUUCGCAAGAGACUUGUAGGCGUUGCCAUCGAAAUACAAGGCACAGAUUUAUCCGAGGUUUCUUAUGAAGCUGUACUUGAAAAAGCUUCUCGUUCGAACUGAAGUUCAUUGCAAUUUAUCAUUAUUAAUAUUUUUUACGUUAUUUUGUUGUUUAAAUAAAAUUUCUGUAUUUUUUUCAUUUUCACUUCCAAAUGAAGUUAACUUCGUAAAUUUUAUAAGUGAACUGACUAAUUUAUUUAUUAAGAGGAUCUAAUUAGAAAUAUAAAUUUUUUUAGAUAUCACAUUUCGGCCAUAUAAAUACAUAUAUGUUUAGGAGCAAAAAAGAUUUAGCUUGGAUUCUUCAAUGAAGACAUUAUACAAAAAAAGUUUAUAUAUAUUAUGUUCGAAAAUUCAGAAUGAUUAAAAAAAAUUUGUAUAGUUCUUCUGACUUUAUUGAGAAUUUAGGAUUGUAUUAUUGCCUAAUUUGUUCAUGGUUCGUUUAUACUUAUUUCUGACCAAAUGAUUCACAAUU